AUGGGACUCCUCCACCGGCUGCUGCGUGGGCUGCUGCUGGUCCAAUCUUUCGUCCUCGCCACGGCCUCCACGACGACGGCUCUGUAUCUCGCCCACGUGACGUCAGUCGCCUACUGUCAAGAUGAGCGCAUUCUCCACUGGAACUGCCAACCCUGCACCCUCGUGGCGCGGUUAGAGGGCGUCACCGUGGUGGAAGAUGCCAAAGACGCUUUCCAAGGCCUCGUGGGGUACUCGCCGCUCUAUGAAGCUGUGGUCAUUACGUUUCGAGGCAGCAUGGACGUGACCAAUUGGCUCGACAACCUCACGUUUCUUAAAACACGGGCCUACAAGCAGUUUCCUGACGUCCUGGUGCAUCAGGGGUUCUACUGGGCCUACCGGUCGGUGGCCCUGCAGGUCAUGUCAGCAGUACAUAAGCUGAGGGAACAGUACCCCGAGGCAUCACUCAUGGUGGCUGGGCACUCGCUGGGAGGAGCUGUUGCGGCCAUUUGUGCCUUUGAGCUCGAGUACAUUGAGCAGAUUCAGGUGGCAGCGCUCUACACGUUUGGAAAACCCCGUGUCGGUAAUGCCGAUUUCAGUGCAAGGUUACGGAACGCGAGCAUUGCAGCGUAUCGCUUGACACACUUUCAAGACAUUGUGCCCCACCUCCCACCAACGUGGACUGGAUUCGAGCACACUUCAGUCGAGAUCUUCUACGACCAGUUUUCAGCAAACUAUCGGCGCUGCAGUCUAACGGAUGGUGAAGACCCCACUUGCUCGAACACGUGCUCGCCGUUUCGCUGUACCAGCAUCGUUGACCACCUCACGUACCUGAAUAUCACCAUGAGCCAUCUCGUUUGCUAA